AUGCCACCGCAGAGACCCCCCACGGCCCGCCUACGGCCGGCCGCGUUCCUGCUGGCCCCGCUGCUGGUGUUGGUUGUGGUCGGCUUCAUAUACAACACCCGGUCCGCAAACACCCCCUUCAAUACACACAGCGCCUCGGUGCCAAUCGCCACCGCAGAAGCGCAGCCGCUAGCACAGCCUCUGCCCGCCAUCUCACUGUGGGCAUCCAAACGAAACCCGCUCAACAUGUACUUUGCCAAGCUGGCCUGGGCAUGGACCACCGCACUGUUUGUGGCGGCCCUGCCCCUCCGCAAUGGCAGCCGCCCGGCGGCGGCGACUGCGCGAUACGCAGCGCGCUACGUGCUGGCCACGCUCUACUGGUUCCUGAUGACGCAGUGGUGCUUUGGGCCGUCGCUGUUUGACCGCUUUUUCCGGCUUGCGCCAAGCUCGAUGCAGGUGUGCCGCUCGGCUGGCGGCAGGUGGCUCGGCGGCCACGACAUCUCGGGGCACUGCUUCUUGCUGAUCCACUCGGCGCUGUUCUUGUUCGAGGAGGUGCUCGGUCCCUGCUGCUACGCGCGCUGGGGCGUCGUGGCCGCCACCGCCGGCCUCAUCGCGAUCUGGGCGUGCAUGCUCUACUGCACUGCAAAGUACUUCCACGGCCCCUGGGAGCUGAUUUCGGGCACGUUGCUGGGCUCGGCCUACUGGGUCUCGCUGUACCAGUUCCAGCUGCUAGCCUUUUAG